AUGGACGCGACCGCCGGCGCUGCGGCGGUGGGCGCUGCUGCGGCUGCGGUGACCCCUCGCUGGAACCGCGAGCGUCCCUUCCUCACCGGCCAGUUCCAUCGGGUAGAACGCUUCAUUUUUUUCCUGUUUCCGCUGCCUAAUGCGUCGUGAUUUCAGUGUUUGGGUUAGAGGAAAGCUGGUUGUCGAGCUUGGCCCCAUGUUUUCUUAGUCUCUGCGCAUUUGGAUCACAGGACGUCAAGCCGCCGUUUCGGAUUCCGGGGGCGAAACCCAUUUCCGAAUCCUGCAGGUAUACUUUGUUAGUGUUCCUCUUUACUCUGUUUUUUCACGUCCUUGUGCUGAUUGGUCAUCAUCUAUUUAUAGCAACUAUUUGUCCACGUGAGUUUUGUUGUUUAGAAAGCAUCUGCUCAAGACCAUUACAGAUUUACGUCCUUUUUUUUUCUUGCCAAGUAGGGGUUCGGAAAUCCUCAUCGGCUCAUAUCCAGUCGCUGUUCAGGUAUUCUCCCAUCUAUGAUUCACUUGGUUUUUCAUGCAAAUUAAGUGGUGUCAGAUUUAUUUGACUCGGCUACUUCUUUGUUCAUUCGAUGUGGUAAUGUAGGAGCUUUUGAUCAUUGAUGAUCUACUAUCUGCUCUGGUUGGUAUCGAGGGGCGGUUCAUUUCCAUCAGGAGAGAACGGGGGAAGGAAGAUCACAUGGUAUUUCAGAUUGACUCUUCUACAGAUUUAGCUUUACAGGUAUGGUGAAAAUAACCAGUACUCCGGCUCCGCUCGAGAAGGUAGAAAUGCUCGUAAAUUGAUGCACUGUGAACCAUCCUCUGCUCACCUGCUUCAGGAGCUGGCACAGCGAAUAUUUCCUCUGUGCGAAAACUACAUCCUGAUUGACCAGUUUGUCGAGGCCAGGUCACAUUUCAGGAACGGUCUAGUCAACCAUGCAUUUGCUGCUGCAUUGCGGGCGCUUCUUCUUGUAGGUCAUUUUUAUGGUGUGAAUCAUUGCAGUAUAUAUAUAAGGGCAUCUCACUCCAAUAAUUUUUUGAGGACCCAAUUAUUUGAAAAUAAUUAUUUGUAUUGAGAAACUCUGAUUCAGAUUAUAGAACUGUUUAGGCAAGUGCCCAUCUUUAGUCAUCACCUCUUUUAAAUAAUCAACUAUCAAAAUUUGAAUGUUAAUGAAAAUAAUAUCCAACUUUGGUGAAGUCGUUUUUUAGUAAUGAUUCAUACUUUUGUCUGGAUUCACAAAUUGUUUGCCUAUCAUUUCUAAGUUGCAUUCAGUCAGUUCUUCCUUACCUCCAUAGAUUAAUAUUUGGACAUUAGGCAUUUCUUGUCUGUUGGGCGGGGCAUGGCUAUCAAACUCAUGGCGACGAUUUGGCAGUAGAUAAACUCCUCUUUACAUAACACUGCCACUGUAUUGAAAGAUGGAUGAAACUCGUUAACUUGGUGAAUACGUCCAAUUACCUUACACAUCCUAGUACGUUAUUUGGCUUGUAUCUUUUUCCCUUCAAAAAUUAAGAUGGGCAUUGAUUAGGCAUUCACUUCAAGCUAAUCUGCCGUUCCUUCCCAACUUUUUUGAAGGGAUAUGCUGAGCGCAACUAAGUUGCUUCUCUGGCUAGAGCCAUAGUAUUAUAACUUUUCUGUGUUUGCCAUCUUUUCCUUCGUUGUGUUUCUUUGGAAAAUCCGAAAGUGAGGGAUAAGACAAGAAAAUGGAGGAAAGUCGUUUUCUUCCAGGACGAGCUCAGAGCGUACUCUGCUGCCAUCUUUGUCGAAUCAUUAUCUGGGUUGUCUUUCCAUUUGGCCGCCCAUUUUGCUGCCCACUGUCAAUGCGUCCUUAUUACAUACGGUUCAACCACUGUUUAUUGGUUUGUGAAAUAGGCCUCUUAUUGUUGUUAAGAACUAAAUUUUUCUAGUAUUUGACCUACUCUUGAAAGAUAUCAAAGCUUCAUUUGUCUUCUUUAAUUUUUUUUUGCCAUAGUUACAUGUUGAAUAAAAAAUGAUUAGCUUACAACUUCCUUUCUCAGCAAACCUACGCAACCAUGCAUUCCGUUCAGGCUGACACGUAUUUAAUUUCUCUCUUUAUAGAAACUCGUUGAAAAUUUAUGGCGUCUUUAUUCUAAUGCAUGAGAAUUUUGAGUUGUUUUUGUGCGGCAAAAAAUUAUAUUCUAAAAUUAACUCUUAUGCUUUCUCUCGUGUUAGGAUUAUCAAGCGAUGGUAGCACAACUAGAACAUCAAUUUCGCCUUGGGAGGCUUUCAGUACAAGGCCUAUGGUUUUUUUGCCAGGUUCUUGUAUCUUGCAGUUCAUAUCUGUACUUGUAUUUUUCUUUGUCAAUUUCACUGAACACAUUGCCUUAACUUUGGCCUGUGGUCGCUUUUACCUUCAGCCUAUGGUUGGAUCAAUGCAUGCUUUAUCGAUUGUGAUAGAGAAGAUUUCCUGUAGCAAUUUAUCAGGCUCUGCAACUCUGAACCUUCUGCAAAACCAGGUAAUUGAUUUUCUAUUUGAUGAUGCUCUCUUGAAGUUAGGGGCAUGCACAUGUUCACUUCUUCUGCCAGCAUGAAUCCAUUUUUGUGAAUAUUGUUCUGAGGUCGAAUUUUGGGAUUCUAAUCAAAACUCACCUUGGUCCCAUUGUGAUCCUGGCAUAAACUGAAAAUAGGAAUUGGCAGCAUAAGCAAAUGAGCUGAUUUUUCUAUGGUAAACUUUUUAAUUCUUCCACUCUUGAACAACCGUAAGUGGAGUCAUCGUAGAUCUGAUGAUUAUCCGAUCUUAUCUUCUGUACCUUUAACUCAUUCUUGUUUCAUUUGUGGUGUUUUACCGAAAGAGACAUUUAUUUUACCAAUAUUUUGUUUCUAUUUCUGGGUCAACUUAUUUUUGGUUUGUUAACUUGGUUGCACGAUUUUUUUGCAUUAGAAAAGUGACAUUCCACAUAUUGUAGAUCACUGAUUAUUUGCUUUAUCCGAUACCUGACACUGCUGACUUUAUCUUCUUUUUUUUUUAUCAAAGUUUGAAUCAUUUUGAGUACUCGCAUUCUGUUGGUUGCAGUAUUUGAUCUAUGUCUGGGUGCAGAUCGCCUGUGGUUUCUAUGCACUGCAAAUGAUUAUGUUUGGGUUGUCCGCCAAAGGGACUAAAACUUUUGUUAAUAUUCAUUCAUCUGAUUCCCUCCCAGUACUGUACUACUAUUUUCAAUGGGAAACUUUGCUUUGUUUUAUUUGCUAAUCCUGCUAGUGUUAUCACUUGCUCUCUGUUUCAGGCAAAGGCCAUGGCUGGUGAUGGUGCUGUGAGAACAUUACUAGAGAAAAUGACACAGUGUGCUAGCAUUCCUUAUCUCAGAAUAUUAGAGAGGUUACCGUCUUAUUGCUACUAGGAAAGCUGAAAGGACACAAUUUUUACGUUUUAAAUGUUAGGCUAACUUAACUGCCCCUAUGUGGCAACUAUUUCUUUAUGGUGGAUAGCUGUUGAAUGUGCCACUUAUUCGGCAUAUUUUUCAGUUGAUCCUAUUUUCACCAUUUGGUUUUCUCUCGUUAUUUUUUUCCCCCCAUCAGUCCUUUCAUUGACUUGAGUUGAUAUCAGGUGGGUAUAUGAAGGGAUAAUUGACGAUCCUUAUGGUGAAUUUUUUAUUUCAGAGGACAAGUCCUUACUGAAGGUAUUAAUCGUCAAAAAAAUGAAGAUUUUAGAUGUAUUUUUCUCUUGGAGUCCGCGUGCUGACGUUAUAUAAAUUUUUAUAGGAGAGCCUGACUCAGGAUUAUGAUGCUAAGUACUGGAAGCAGAGAUACAGCCUCAAAGAUGGCAUUCCCAGCUUUCUUACAGGUGUUGCUGGGACUAUCUUGACAACCGGGAAAUACCUAAAUGUCAUGAGGGAAUGCGGGCACAAUGUUCAGGUACCGUUUCUCCAUUUCAUCAUAGCUUUUUUUUGCGAAGAAGACACCCAUGUAGUUGUAUCUUCUUGGUAUUGUAAUAUGCACUGAAAAUUCUUGCUCAAUCAGGUUCCGGUAUCAGAGAACUCAAAGUUUAUGAGCUUUGAGUCUAACCACCAUUAUCUCGAAUGUAUCAAAACUGCUUAUGAGUUUGCAAGCAGUGAGCUACUAAGUCUUAUUAGAGAAAAGGUAGUCGUUUAUAAGUAUGCCUUUCACUGCUGAUGAUGUCUCAGUCCUUUCAAUCAGGUAACUUGACUUCAAUUCUUUAAGUAUUGCAGUAUGACCUUUUUGGGAAACUACGCUCAAUGAAGCAUUAUUUCCUUCUUGAUCAGGUAAUUCAAUUUAGCAUUGUUUCCUCUUUUAAUAAAUAUUUUUUCACGAUUCCGUCAGGUUCAUACUGGCCCAUAAUGUACCUUGUCUUCUAGAGACUUCAGCGUAGCAUUACCAUCAUUUUCUAGCACAGAUUUUUCUGAUUUCCUGUUUUACCGGUGUUCUACCAGUUUUGCGUCAAUAUGUCACAUCUAUCCGUGCAUAACUAGCACUUCUUUUACCCAUUAUUCUCAUAUUAGCCGUUCAGUUUUGCCCAACCAUCUCGUCAUUAUUUUUCUUACACUAAUUUUGCCCGUGGAAUCCCAUUUCGAUCUUGUAUGUAACUUAAUAGAGGGGAUAUUUAGUGGAUAUAAUAAUAUUUUAUAUUCUUUGAACACGGUGGAAAUACUUUUCAGUUAGGAAUCCGUUGUCCAUUUUUUGCUAUAACAUAAACCAAUGCAAAACAUAAAAAAGUACAUCAUAACUAUGCAUCAUUAGUUGAAGUAGCGAUUCACCAAACGAAACAAAACAAAAUCUGAUGUGUUUAAGUCAACAAGUGUGGUGGUUAUAUGGCGUAGGGAUUUAUCAUAUGCUCGGAUAAUGUUUUUAUUAAGCAUAUCUAUGAAUGAACGGAUAUUAUGUUUGAAACAUGGUUCAUCGUCAUUUAUAUGCGGACAUUCAUAUUCAAGAUCUUCCCAUUUAAUGCUGCAGCGUUUCUUUCACCGUACCAUUUACCAUGAUGACACAAGCCAAUCUUUUUUGGUAUCAAGUUCAUGAGAAAUCUGAUUCACAGGGUGAUUUCUUGGUUCAUUUUAUGGAUAUAUCUCGGGACGAGCUUGCAAAAAAGCCCGAGGAAAUUUCUGUCGAGAAAUUGCAGGUAUAAGAUCAUAGUUAACUAAUUUUCUGAUGGGCUAUGCAAGUUCAUAUACUUGGGGGGCUCUCCUAUCCUGAACUGCAGUCUCUCCUGGACCUUGCUCUGCGCACCACGGCCGCCGCCGCCGACCCUUGCCACGAAGAUUUGGCAUGCACUGUGGUGAGUGCAUGAAAUAACUGUGGAUGAGCGAAGAAAUGCUACCUCCCGCGUCUCUGGUGCCGCACUCACUCACUUGCUCUCUGUUUCUGUUUCUGUUCUGUCCCCAGGAGAGGGUCUCCUUGCUCAAAAGGCUUGCCACAAUCAGAGCUCCUGAGUCCUCCAGCGAACCAGACGCUCACCAAUCCAUCUCUCCCAGCAGCAGCGACCAGGCGGGGUCACUGAACAUCACCGGCUUGGAGACCUUCUCUCUCACCUACAGAGUCCGUCUUCCUCUCUUACAUCCCCUAGUCGCAAGGUUCCGCCUCUUAUAAUUUACCGAGCUCUCCCGGGCAUUUCAUUUUGGUCAGGUCCGGUGGCCGCUGUCGAUCAUCGUCUCCAGAAGAGUUUUGGCCAAGUACCAGCUGAUCUUCCGGUUCCUGUUCCACUGCAAGCAUGUGAACCGCCAGCUCUGUGUGGCAUGGCAGGUGCACCAGGUACGCGGCCGCUCGCUCGCCCGGCGGUGCCCAUGGGUCUUCUGGUGUGGACUCUGAAGCAUUGCGUCUGCGGUGGCGUUUUGCAGGGGUUCCGAGCUCUGAGGACGCUGGGGACGGCCGUCUCGCGGUCUUCUGUUCUGUGCCGCAGCAUGCUCAAGUUCGUCAACAGUCUACUGCAUUAUUUGACUUUUGAGGCAAGUUUCUAUGUCUUUCCUUCUUUUGGGUGCGCCAUUAUAUUUACCACUUGAACUUUUUGUCACGUCGCUCAGGUUCUUGAGCCCAACUGGCAUCUGAUGCACAGCAGGCUUCAAUCCGCCAAGAGCAUCGACGAGGUAUGAUCUCUCUCUCUCUCUCUCUCUCACACACACACACAUCUUAUGGGUGGUACGGAUGACGGCCGUGGCCUCCAGGUUAUCGAGUUCCACGACUUCUUCCUGGACAAAUGUCUGAGAGAGUGCCUGCUGCUUUUGCCUCAUCUCCUGGAGGUUAGUUGACUUGGAAUUGGAAUAUUUUUCCUCUCUGCUGCGGUGCGGCCAAUGACAUUGUGAUGAUCUUGUGGUUCGCCUAAAUGGGGGAAUCCCUCGUCUCCUUCCUGGCUUCCGGUGAAUUGGUUUUACGUCCUCUCUCUCUCUCUCUCUCUCUCUCUCUCUCUCUCUCUCUCUCUCUCUAGGUUUUGUCUGACGUUGGGGGUCCCAUUCGUACAGAAGAUUGAGAAGCUCAAGUCAGUGUGCCUACAGUACUCGACUGCGGUAAAGAUGCUGAUCCCAUCGAUCUGCGAGAGCUCGGCCGGCGCUGACUCCACCAGAGCCGAAAAGUCGAAGACAAAGUCAGCGUCAAAAGAGUUGACGUCCGCCGCCGAGAACAGCUCGCUCCUCGAAUCUAUUCUGUAAGCUUCCCCAAAACUCGCCUCCACCGUCGCGUUUAAUUCUUCCCGCGAGGGCCGUCUUUGACUCUGCGUGAUGUUUCUUCGCAGGAAGUUCGAGAGGGAGUUCAACGUGGGGCUGCAGGCGCUCGGCCCGAUUCUCGGCGGCAGCUCCCAGGCCGAGCCCUACCUCACUCAUCUCGGUCAAUGCAUUCUUGGCGUCGGCGGCGGCGGCGGCGACCUUUGA